AUGGCUUCUAUUACAUCACUUAGCGGUGCAACCCGCAAAUUGAAUGAUGGAAGCGUGGUUCCUUUUCUCGGCUAUGGAACUGGAACGGCCCACUACAAAGCUGAUCCCAACUCCCCUGUCGACCAAGAGCUAGUCAAGACUGUAGUCAAGGCUAUCAAGGCUGGUUACUACCACCUGGACGGAGCCGAAGUCUACGGCAACGAAACCGAGCUUGGCCUCGCCAUCAAAGAAGCCGGCGUCCCCCGGGACCAGCUCUACGUAACCACCAAGAUCCACGGCGAGAAAGCCCAAGACACCCAGGCCGCCUUCGAGCUCUCCCUCAAGAAGCUCGGCCUGGACUACGUCGACCAGUACCUCAUCCACGCGCCCUUCUUCGCCAAAUCCGAAGCCGAGCUGCAGGCCAAGUGGGCCGACAUGGAAGCCAUCCACGCCUCGGGGCGAGCCAAGUCCAUCGGCGUCUCCAACUUCCGCAAGUACGAAGUCGAGGCCAUCUUAAAGACGGCCAAGGUCGUGCCGGCCAUCAACCAGAUCGAGUUCCACCCGUAUCUGCAGCACGGGGACUUACUCCCUUUUCUGAAGAGCAAGGGCAUUGCUGCGAGUGCGUACUCGCCGUUGACCGCUGUGACGAAGGGGCCGGGGCCGGUUGAUGCGGUCUACAAGAAAUUGGCGGAGAAGUAUGGUGUCACACCGGGGGAGAUUGCGCUGAGAUGGGUCAUCGACCAAGACGUUAUAGCCAUCACCACAAGCUCCAACGUCGACCGUCUCACGCAAUACAAGAAGGUCGCCAACUUCAAGCUGACCCCCGAGGAGGUUGCCGAGAUCAGCAAGGAGGGCUUGAAGAAGAACCUCCGCGUUUGGUGGACUCAUGUCAUCCCUGAGACCGAUCUGGAUUAA